AUGCGUGUGCAUGCCUUAGUCGAUUUUCCACCAUCAAACGAAUACCCGAGAUCUGAUCAGCAACUUCUUAUUGGAGCUGGUAAUGCCGUCGCUUUAGUGCUGACUGAAUUAGAUCAACAUGAUGAUUUAAUCGACUUUUUUAAUGAGAUAGUUAAAUUUAUAAAAGACUAUAUCGAUGAACAUAAUCAACGUAAUGAAUCAUUAACAGUAUUUUAUGUUAAAAAAGUUAUCCAUAUUAUUACAAAGAUAAUUGUUUAG